AGUAGAACUUACUCCAUCCAGUGUUCAGUGCCUUGGGUUCCUCACAAAAGGGAAAAAGGCACUAAUCUAUACUAUUUAAUGCCUCUUUUCGAAGUGCUUCAUACAAGACCUGCCCUAUGGUCAUACUAUUCUAUAAGUCCAUAUUAAUCUACCUGUGAAAUGCAGAGGUGCCUAAAGUUUCUUCUGGAAGUUACUGGAAUAAAAAAUGAUUACAAAACUGGAGGCGAGAUUGGCUUCAAACCUGCAAUUUGGAUAGAAACUGCUGAUGCCAAGGCAGAGUGCGGCAAGAACCAGGAAGCCUGCGGCAAUCCCACACUAAAACCACCGGACAACACCCAGAGUUGCAGCUGAUUUUGAAUCUCCCAGCAGUAACAGAAAGAAAGUGAAAGGAGUUGCAGAGAGGGAAGGAACUUGAAGAAAGUGUAGCAAGGUGGCAAAGCAGUGGGCACCUUUCUAGAGAGACAACCACAUAGGAGUGGCAGCCUUGCCUUUGAUGGCCAAUUGUGCAAGCAGGCAUGAUGGGGGUGCGUGCAGAGGGCCUCCACCCCCGCAGGGUCCUCCUCAGCCCCAGUGACACAACCUUCGUGUCCACCUGCUCCUCCCUCUGGCCGACUACAGUGGUGAAGAGAGGAGGAGAUGCCACCAAUUGCCUGUUCAGUGGCUCCCUGCCCAUCUAGCAAGUUGGUGGUGCGAACGAUAAGCGAGGAGUGAAAGCAGCACGUGAUCAUGUCUGAGCAGGUGGACUUGCUAACAGAGGGACCCAUGGAGGAUGUUUGCCCCAAAGACCCCCAAAAACCUGGAGGUGACACUCCAGUACAACUUGAUUAGAUGUUUUACUGGUUUGGUGUUUUUUUUUUUUUUUUAUUGGUCUAGGUGGAAUGGAAAGGAUAGAAAUAGCAGAUUUACAACACAAAGUAACAAAGACAAGAACAAGAACGAAAUAAUGUUUACAUGCACAAUGUUUCAUAACAUUUGCCCCAGUACCUUGGGGCAAAUUCCCACUGAUCCAAAUGUGGGCCAUUCCAGAAUGAAGUUUUAUAAAUCGGUUUCUCCAACCUUUGGAUACCUGGAGUGCAUGAGGAAGUUUUAACCAAGCACCUACACAUACCUCAUGAGAGAAGGAUUUCUAUGUAUACAGUGUGAAGGAGACAUGAGAUAGCGCUGAAGGACGAGUAAGAUGAGGCUUACCUGAGGACAGUUAAUUUUGGUUUCCCUGUGAGAGUUUCGUGGUGCGGCCCGAGGACAAAUCUUGUCACAGGAAUCCAGGUGGAAUCUUCUGGAAGAGGAGAACAGUUGGUGCGGCAGUUACUAGUCAGGACUCUAACGCUGGCUAAUGACGCAGAAAUCCAGAGUCUCUGCAGAAGAACGUUGUUCGGGAAAGCAGGUGAGCCAUUCUGACAAUGCACGGAGAAAUGGCAAUACCGCAGGGAGCAGGGAGGACGAACGGCAACUUCCAGAUGGGCCAGUGCCGUCCUCUGGCCUGUCUUGAUUAAAAAGGAGUUCUAGAGAGGAAGGGUGGUUUUGAUAGGGGAAGGCAUAAAGUCAGCACCGGUAAACGAGACUAAGGUGCUAUCUUAAGCUUGUUUAGACCAAAAGUCUUACAACUCCCGUCAUGCUGUAGUGUGCUGAGAGUUGUUGGACUGGGGUUUUUUUUUGGGGGGGGGGGCAUGGGAUGGCACCCUAAGCUAGUUAAUGGAUUAGACAAACCAAUUAAAGCAUUUUGAUUGUCUAAAAAGUUUUCCCUGAUUAAUUUGGCAGCAGAUUUUAAAUGUUUUUUUUUAAUGCGGGUACUUCUAUAAACUAGAUGGGAUUGGCAAGCGGUCUUUGAGGCACUCCCUUCUGAGUGAGAGAUGGUAGGAAUGAUCAGGCAGUGUGUGUCAUGUUUGUACAAAUCCCAAACUGGUUUGGGUGAUUUAGGAAUUAAAAAUCUUCCACCCCAGACUGCAUACUGAAGGUUCAUUAGUAAUCUGCAUUUGGAGGGACACUAACACACAGACUGCGCAUCUCCAAAAAUUAGUUUAUUCUCCCAGAGCUCUUCUUACAAGGAAAACCUCAGGACACAGAGUAGGGCAGGGAGAGCAGAGGAUUAGCAUCCAAUGAAGCUGCCAGCGCUCUGGAGUCUCCACACCGAUACACCUGAAAUGUUGCAUGGUUCUUUUAUUUUUGCAUAGCGACGCCUUUGUGACAAACAACAUUUUCAUAUAAAUUAUCCAGAAACUCUUAGGAGAACUAAGUCAUUCAUUCUCCCCGUCCAUCCAAACUCUCCUCUGAGGUGGUUUUGGGGCAGCCCACUAGGACUGGGGUCCUGGAUCUUUCUUUUGGGAUCCCAGAUCCUUGAUGGGCAUCUCCCCCAUCAGUGCUGUCCACUGAGAAGUCCUGAAAUAAGCGCCCCGAUGAUCUCCGUUUGCAUCUGAUGCCCCUGGACCAAAGGGGAUUUUGCCCACAUACAUGUCACCUCCUACUGGCCCCUGCGCUUGAGUCUGUCUGCCUGGGGUAUUUUCCCCCUGAAAUAAAAUGCCCCCUUUCCCCUGUCACUUGUUAUAGUGUAGAAUGACCUUUCCCAAACCUGGAAACACCCCCAGGUGUUUGGACUUCAGCUUCUCUCAGUCAGCCUUCCCCGUGGUCAGGGAUUUGGGGACUUGUAGCCCAAAACACAUGGUCAGGGACGUCACAUAGCUUAUGGCUCAGCUUUGAUUACACUUGAGAGCUUUGCCAAAAACGUGUGUCUUAAAACUGUGGCUCCCCCAUGAGUGUCCAGAAAGGCCUCUCCGUCACCGACACUGCCAUCCUUUGAGAGCCUCUGUCCCAUGGCUCUUUAAUGCACCUGGCAAAUUGUUUCAAGUUGUUUUAGCUGUCUUAUAGGAUGGCAAUAUUUUAGCAAAUAAUCUUUUUAGCUGCCUUAUAUGGUGUAUAUUUUUAUUCCAUUGCAAGUCAGCUUGAGUUGAUUCGACCAUGGCAGCCUUCCCUGGCCUUGUGUCUUCCAGAUGCAUUUGGACCACACUGCCCAGAAUUCCCAGUCCAGGGCCCUGCUCCUUGGGAAUUCCGGGAGUUGUGCCCCAAAUGCCUCUGAGGGCGACCAGGUUGAGGAUGGCUGGACUAUGUCCUCUAAGAAAUCAAAUAAAUAAUAAUGAUAAAAUUAAGAAAGUACUUUCUUUUUCCACUUCCUUCUCCUCUGCAGGAUGCUCCUAUCGUGACAGCCACCUGAGGGCUUUGCUUUCGGCCAUCAUGUCCACUUCCACAAGCAAAAACCCUUCCAUGUCCUCAGCCACGUCUGUCAAUGACCGGACAACCAGCCCCGUUGUCGCCAGCUCCUCCACCACCUCGUGGGACCUGCACGCGGAUGACUUCACCAAGGACCUUUCCUGCUCUCUGUGCCUGGAGCUGUUCCGGGAGCCGGUCAUUCUGUGCUGCGGCCACAACUUCUGCAAGCAUUGCCUCGAGGCCACCUGGGCGAAAAAGGGGGUCUUCUGCCCAGAGUGCCAUGGAAACGUUCCGGACCGGCAGUACAUCCCAAACACAGCCCUGGAGAAGAUGGCGGAUCGGGUCAAGGCCUUCCACGUGGGCUGCCAGCAGCAGAAGUGCAUCGAGCACAGCGAGCCCCUGACGCUCUACUGGAAGCCACAAGAGAAGCUUGCUUGCUUCACCUGCCGGGAAAGUCAGAUGCCCAAAGACCAGUGCACCCAGUUCCUCCUCAUCCCAGACGCCGUGCAGAUCUACACGGAAAAACUGCUCAUGAUGAGAAUUCAGCUCAGAUCCAUCUUGGUGAAGCUGGAAGUGUUGAAGAAUGCCCAGGAAGAGAAGAUCGCUAAUCACAAAGAGAACAAACUGCAACUCCAGUACCACAUCUCCUUGGAAUUCCUAAAAAUGCACCAGUUUCUUCACGGCAAGGAGAAAUUGUAUAUCAACCAGCUGAAGGACGAGGGCGAAGUCCUCCUUCAAGAAAUGGAAGCAAAUCUAAACAAACUCCAAGACCAAACCCAAAGCGCUAAGGAUACCCUGGCCUGCAUUCAGGUGCGGCUUUACCAGCAGAAUUCUUCCAGCUUCCUGAAAGGAAUAAAAGCAUUCAUGGAACGGAUGGAGGAGAAAACGGAGAAUUCAUCUCUGGGCGAACUAGUGACUGGGACACUAAGCCCAGGGGACUUCAAGGGGCCCAUUCAUUAUGCUGUGUGGAAGGAGAUGAAGUCCAUCCUCAGCCCAGACAUCUCCUGCCUCACGCUGGACCCCAACACGGCCCACCCAAACUUGGUUCUGUCUGAAGGGAUGACUUGCGUGAGGCAUAACGACAGAAAGCAGGUGCUACCAGACACUCCGGAGAGAUUUGACUGCAGCGUUUCCGUCCUGGGGUCUGUAGGGUUCACCUCUGGGAAGCACUACUGGGAAGUGGAUGUGCAGAAGAAGACCAAAUGGACUCUGGGAGUCGUGAGAGAGAGCAUCAACCGUAAAGGGAACUACCCGCUGUCGCCCAAAGAAGGACACUGGCUUAUAAAGCUAAGGAACAAGAAUGAGUUAAAGGCUGUAGAUGUCCAUGCCAAGUGUCUGUGUCUGCCCCAAACGCCUGAUAGAAUUGGGAUCUAUUUGGAUUACGAGGGUGGCCAGGUGUCCUUCUACGAUGCUAGCACAAUGUCUCACAUGUACACUUUCACAGAAACUUUCACGGAGAAGAUCUAUCCUUAUUUUUGUCCAUGUUUGAACGACUCUGGAGAAAACAGUGCACCCCUGAGAAUUAUUGCUUUUAGUAUGUGAGGAAAAGGGCCGCCUGCAAGGCCUGGACCUCUGGGCUGUUUGGGCAGCGCACGGGAUCCAGUGCUAGGUUCUUGAUGGUGUUGACGGGGAGCGGGGGCCAGCUGGAGUCCUUGCCCUUCUCUUGGGAUAGUUACUCCUGCCCUUCCUGCAGCACCGCUGCACGGACGGUUACGCCGUUGCGUCCAAAAAGGUGGCAAAAUUCCCUUCAGGCCCCUUAAGUGGCAUCCCAAUUUAGGUUCCUGGGUUUCUUACAACUGAUCAUUCCUAAUUGCAAGGUUGAUAAGAGAGGGGUUCCCUUCAGGAGAGCUGCUCAUUUGUGAAAACUCAUUUGUGAAAGACUUGUUCAUUAACUGCAGCAAAAGUAAAAAUAACAAAACACAUUCACUUUGCAAAGUACGUUUGGAGCCUAUAUAAAAUUGACACUCUGUAUAUUUAUUAGAAAAUAUUAAGCUUAGGAAAGGCAUGACAGAAGUUCAAAGUUUAGCAAGGUGAACUUAUUCAGAAAAGAAGCAAAAGUGAGAAAAUGGGGAAAUGCUAAAAGUAUUGGAGUUUCAAAAGUAAUAAAUUUAUUUGAGCAAGUAAGUCA